AUGAGUAUACUCAGAGAUUCAGCAGUAUUGAUGGUCGCCAUGGCUUCCAGCAUCGAAAUGGCGUAUAAAAAAAAUUCAGAUUUCUUUUUAACACUUAUCCUACACAGUGACGGUGUUCCACUUUAUAAAUCAAAAAUAUGUAGUGCGUGGCCCAUCUUAGGUGCGGUGGUUGAUUUGCCACCGUACGCAAGAACCAAAGCGGAUAAUAUUCUUCUUCUUGGCCUCUGGAUAAGCCGAAAGAAGCCGAAUUUUCAUGUUAUUUUAGAAAAAUUGUCAAAAAUUCUAUUAAAAUUAAAAAACGUUGGUUUACAGAUGCCAAAAUCAAAUAAUAUUAAAAUAUUUUUUCCACUUCUUGUCGGUGAUAUGCCUGCUUUGUCUGACAUGGUUGAAUUCGUUGAUCAUACAGCGUAUUACGCCUGCAUGUUUUGUGAUACAAAAGGAGUUUAUUGUCAUAAUGGACAUUGUGCCAUUUAUCCAAAUGAUUCACAAAGUGAACUUCGAACAGAAAAAUCAUUUGAUCGAUGCGCCCUUCUUGCAGCUAGUAAUUCGCGAAAACGAGAUGAAACAGCUGGAGUAAAAGGAUUCUCAGCAUUUCGACACAUUCUUGAUGUGCCGUUGCCUCAUUCUUUGUGUAUCGAUGGAAUGCACACAGUAUUCUUAUGUCAUGGGAGAAAACUUCUUGUUUUGUAUCAGGCAAUCUUAUCUAAAGUUAACGUACAAUAUAUUACGGAAAAGCUUCGAUCCCUUCGUUACAUACUUGACAUACAGGGGAGGCCAAGAGGGUUUUCAAGUGUACACAAGUGGAAAGCAAGUGAAGUUCGGGUAUUUAUUCUAUUUAUUGGCCUGCCGGUGUUAUGCCAUGCAUUACCAGAAGACUUAUUCGGAGACUUUGCCAUGUAUGUUGUUAUCCAACGAUUGCUUCAUGAUCAAUGGCGAAAUAGUCCUCCUGAUUCACCGCGUUCUUUAGGACAUUUCGUUAUUGAUGAUACGAAUAGUCCUCCUGAUUCACCGCGUUCUUUAGGACAUUUCGUUAUUGAUGAUACGAAGCAAUUAUACGACAUGAACAUAUUAACAGAUUCAGUUUUAUGUACACAGUUAAGAACUGUUCUUCUAGAUAAAAGACAAUCGUGUUGA